AUGCCACGCGCAAUCCGCGGCGUCCUCAUCGAGUGCGACCCGUCCAUCAAAUCCAUCAUCGUCAACAUUGACAGCGAAAACCACGACUUCAUCAUCGAGGACCUCGACGAAGAGAGGGUCGUCGUCAAGGAAAACAUGGUGCCCCUUUUGAAGCAGAAACUCGAAGACCGCCUCAAGGAGAAUCUCCCCCCCGUAGACGAAUCCGGCUCCGACGCAGCAUGA